AUUACUUUCCCAUACAGCACCAAAAGCCCAUCCCAGAUCACCACAAUGCCGCACGCCGACUCGUCCUACUUCGGCGCCAACGCCUCCAAAUCCGACAUCUACACUCAGGUCCUCGAACAAGCCCAAGGUCUUGUCUACGGGCAGCGCAAUUGGGUCAGUAACUUUUCCAAUGUCGCCUCUCUCCUCUGGCACGCCUACGCCGCUCUCCCUAGCCCCUCCUCUUCCGUAAACUGGGCCGGCUUCUACAUCCGUCAAGACAAGUUCCCCAAUGCUCAAACCACCGAGGACCAGAAGCAGAAGCAGGUCCUCUGGCUAGGACCGUUCCAGGGCCGACCUGCGUGUCAGGAGAUUCGGUUUGGAAGGGGAGUAUGCGGCACUGCGGCUGAGAAGCGCGAGACGGUCCUUGUUGGUGAUGUGUUGAGUUUCCCGGGUCAUAUUGCUUGUGAUGCUAGUUCGAGGAGUGAGAUUGUUGUGCCGAUUCUUGUGGGUGGGGAGACUGUUGCUAUUAUUGAUAUUGAUUGCACGGAGCCGGAUGGGUUUGAUGAGGUUGACAAGAAGUAUUUGGAGGACUUGGCCAAGCUUUUGGCGGAUGCUUGUGAUUGGUAGGGUUUGGUUUUCUUGGGUUGGGAUUGGGGUUGGAUUGUGGAUUAGGUGCUACUUGAUGUAUAUUGAUUUCGAUGAGUUUGGUUAUUGGGCAGGGUUGUAAUGAAA